CUCAUAUGUUUGACUGCCUCAUCAUGCUCCCCCACCCCCAAGUCACUUCACAUCAAUGUCCUUAUCUACAUGAUGAGGAGGCUGGAUUAGAUCUCGGGGCUCUCUGACUUGGAUAGUCAUCAGGAACAGUGUGGUGGUGUUCUCUGGUUGCCUGCCCCAAACUACCCGCUCGGCCUCAAGCCAAGGAGGUAACAACCCUUCCUUCGGUCAGCAACUGGAAUUCUGCUGGAAUUUUAAUGGUGUGGUUUUGCCUUUACUUCCCCGAGGAGGACAUGUGUUACAGGUUGACCAAUCAGAAGACCUCACAAUCCUGGAUUUAUGCAUGUGACAGAAACAAGGCCAAUCGUCCCCCCUGGAAAGCAUGUGGAUCUGAUCACCCUGCGGCCCCUCACUCUGCUCCUGCUGCUCCUGCUACUGCAGCCACUGCAGUUGAAAAUCUUGCAGAAAUAUGUUCCGUUGUCAGCGGAAGAGAUAGAGCAAUUUGAAGAUUAUUUGGAGGAAAUGCUCAGCACAGGACCUACCCUACCAACCCCUAAGGAUGUUUUCAAAAGGCGCACCAUUAUUGAUUCGGGAAGACCCUUAACUGAUUCCAACUACUGCACUGAUGAAAUAAAGAUGAAAAAUGUCCACAACAGAUUCCGUUGUGUAAAAGAACAUUUCUUCCUCCAGAUAUCAUUUGAGGAACUGCAAGACAUCUGUAACAACCUGUUUGUGUCUUGUAAGAAUGGGAUGAAGAGAUGUCACAGGAGCAGGCAAUCAAUAAAAGGAGUGUACUGUAAUUUAAUCGAAGGAGUGGUAAUGACAGACUGUGUCUAUGAAUCUUCUUACAGGCAGGGACAGGUCCUUAUGACUUGUCGAUGGCAAAAUGAUAUUCAAGAAGUUAUCCCUGCUUACAUAAAUGAUAUUAUGGAGAUAAAUGAUACUAUCAAGGAGAAACAUGUCCUCCGCGGUUACUUCCAGUGACCCUUCUAAAAGAGUAUUCUCUAAGACGUCAAGAGUAGGACACAUCGCUCGCCAUAUGGAUCCUUACAGUUCAAAAUUGAGAACGGUAACGUUGAUCCUAUCAAUUUUAAUCAUCCACCUUCUUCCCUUCUUCUCCUGACACCAUGCAAACAAUGUGGGCUAAGUUCACAGACGGUGCUCUGAGAUGUGGCUUCAAACAGGUCACGUCAUUUAGCACGUUUUGGAUGUGUUUGGAGGGUGAAUGCCUGAAGGGAAAGGGUGGCCGGCUCCAAGAGGGACAGGAAAUGGUUAUCUGGAGUGUGCUCCUAUGUUGUCUUCAUGUACAUCUCUAGCUCAGUAGAAAUAAUAAAGUGCAUUGACCUAGUGAAGUGUCUCUGGUAUGGUUAUGUGGGGUUUCUGGGUUGGGGAUUACUUUUCUCUGUGAUGUAAUUUGAAAGAAAAAGAACCUAAAGCUUCUCAAGAAAUUGUGCAAUUAAACUUUCCAGUGCUAUAUUUGUAGAUAUUUCACCCAUUCUGUUCUUUCCACACAACAAAAUACUCAACGAAAACAUAAAGGUGUAGAUUCUAAUAGAGACAUCUCAGGAUAAAUACUGAAAUAUUCAGGAUGGCAAGCUCCCCGAGGUACUUUUCAAGUGUCCAAUAGUAUUUUUGUAGAUUCCCACACCUUUGCUUUAACUUAGGCAGCAACACUGUUCACAAAACUACAAAAAAUUCCUCACUUUCUGGCAGUCACAUUUAUUCACAAUCCCUUUCCUGGCUUGCCAGUAGAUGUGGCUUCAUUUGAGAAUACACCACUUCCAAAAAAGGCUGGAGAAUCUGUAUGAUGAAGGAAAUCUGUUUGUCCAGUUCAGGUAAUAAU